UUGCUGACAAGGCUGCCUACCUGAUGGGUCUGAACUCAGCUGACCUGCUCAAGGCCCUCUGCUACCCCCGAGUCAAGGUUGGGAAUGAAUAUGUGACCAAGGGUCAAACCGUGCAGCAGGUAUACAAUUCAGUAGGUGCCUUGGCAAAGGCUGUGUUUGAGAAGAUGUUCUUGUGGAUGGUUAUUCGCAUCAACCAACAGCUGGAUACCAAGCAACCGAGACAGUACUUCAUUGGUGUCCUGGACAUUGCUGGCUUUGAGAUCUUUGAUUUCAACAGCCUGGAGCAGCUGUGCAUCAACUUCACCAAUGAGAAACUGCAACAGUUCUUCAACCACCACAUGUUCGUGCUGGAACAGGAGGAGUACAAGAAGGAAGGAAUUGAAUGGGAGUUCAUUGACUUUGGGAUGGACCUGGCUGCCUGCAUUGAACUCAUUGAGAAGCCCAUGGGCAUCUUCUCCAUCCUGGAAGAGGAGUGCAUGUUCCCCAAGGCAACUGACACCUCUUUCAAGAACAAGCUCUACGACCAACAUCUGGGCAAGUCCAGCAACUUUCAGAAGCCCAAGCCUACCAAAGGGAAGGCUGAGGCCCACUUCUCCCUGAUACACUAUGCUGGCCCUGGCUGGCUUGACAAGAACAAGGACCCCCUGAAUGAAACUGUUGUGGGGCUGUACCAGAAAUCAUCAAUGAAGACACUGGCCUUACUCUUUGCCUCUGUUGGAGGAGAGGCAGAGAGUGGUGGUGGUGGCAAGAAGGGAGGCAAGAAGAAGGGUUCUUCUUUCCAGACUGUAUCAGCUCUUUUCAGGGAGAACCUAAACAAGCUGAUGACCAAUCUACGGAGCACUCACCCCCAUUUUGUGCGCUGUAUCAUCCCCAAUGAAACAAAAACACCUGGUGCCAUGGAGCAUGAACUGGUGCUACACCAGCUGCGCUGUAACGGUGUGCUGGAAGGGAUCAGAAUUUGCAGGAAGGGAUUCCCCAGCAGAAUCCUCUAUGCAGACUUCAAACAGAGAUACAAGGUGCUUAAU